AUGCAGAUCUUCGUGAAGACCUUGACUGGCAAGACAAUCACCCUUGACGUCGAGGCCAGCGACACCAUCGAUAACGUGAAGGCCAAGAUCCAGGAUAAGGAGGGCAUCCCGCCUGACCAGCAGCGGUUGAUCUUCGCAGGCAAGCAGCUUGAGGACGGCCGCACGCUUUCGGAUUACAACAUCCAGAAGGAAUCAACGCUGCACUUGGUGCUUCGCUUGCGAGGUGGCAUGCAGAUCUUUGUGAAGACGCUGACUGGUAAGACCAUCACCCUGGAUGUCGAGGCCAGCGACACCAUCGAUAACGUGAAGGCCAAGAUCCAGGAUAAGGAGGGCAUCCCGCCUGACCAGCAGCGGUUGAUCUUCGCAGGCAAGCAGCUUGAGGACGGCCGCACGCUUUCGGAUUACAACAUCCAGAAGGAAUCAACGCUGCACUUGGUGCUUCGCUUGCGAGGUGGCAUGCAGAUCUUUGUGAAGACGCUGACUGGUAAGACCAUCACCCUGGAUGUCGAGGCCAGCGACACCAUCGAUAACGUGAAGGCCAAGAUCCAGGAUAAGGAGGGCAUCCCGCCUGACCAGCAGCGGUUGAUCUUCGCAGGCAAGCAGCUUGAGGACGGCCGCACGCUUUCGGAUUACAACAUCCAGAAAGAAUCAACGCUGCACUUGGUGCUUCGCUUGCGAGGUGGCAUGCAGAUCUUUGUGAAGACGCUGACUGGCAAGACCAUCACCCUGGAUGUCGAGGCCAGCGACACCAUCGACAACGUGAAGGCCAAGAUCCAGGAUAAGGAGGGCAUCCCGCCUGACCAGCAGCGGUUGAUCUUCGCAGGCAAGCAGCUUGAGGACGGCCGCACGCUUUCGGAUUACAACAUCCAGAAGGAAUCAACGCUGCACUUGGUGCUUCGCUUGCGAGGUGGCAUGCAGAUCUUUGUGAAGACGCUGACUGGCAAGACCAUCACCCUGGAUGUCGAGGCCAGCGACACCAUCGAUAACGUGAAGGCCAAGAUCCAGGAUAAGGAGGGCAUCCCGCCUGACCAGCAGCGGUUGAUCUUCGCAGGCAAGCAGCUUGAGGACGGCCGCACGCUCUCGGAUUAUAACAUUCCAGAAGGAAUCACGCUGCACUUGGUGCUUCGCUUGCGAGGUGGCAUGCAGAUCUUUGUGAAGACGCUGACUGGCAAGACCAUCACCCUGGAUGUCGAGGCCAGCGACACCAUCGACAACGUGAAGGCCAAGAUCCAGGAUAAGGAGGGCAUCCCGCCUGACCAGCAGCGGUUGAUCUUCGCAGGCAAGCAGCUUGAGGACGGCCGCACGCUUUCGGAUUACAACAUCCAGAAGGAAUCAACGCUGCACUUGGUGCUUCGCUUGCGAGGUGGCAUGCAGAUCUUUGUGAAGACGCUGACUGGCAAGACCAUCACCCUGGAUGUCGAGGCCAGCGACACCAUCGAUAACGUGAAGGCCAAGAUCCAGGAUAAGGAGGGCAUCCCGCCUGACCAGCAGCGGUUGAUCUUCGCAGGCAAGCAGCUUGAGGACGGCCGCACGCUUUCGGAUUACAACAUCCAGAAAGAAUCAACGCUGCACUUGGUGCUGCGUCUCUGA